GUCAUGUCACGCUGAUUGGGUGGAUGUGGUUUAUUUAGCUUAGAUAACCGGAAGUAGUCUCAGUAGGGAGAGAAGAAGGCUAACUUAUUUCGUGUUUUACAGCCUGGUGUUGAGCUAUUUAAAUGCCAUAUGAUUGUAUUGGAAAGUCUCAGUCAACAUAAGCUUUGUUUGGGAUGUGAGAAGAGGACAUUGAACUCACUGGCAGAUGAAGACGUCACGCCCUUAUCUGUAUUUUCCUGACCUAGGCUUAUGAAUGUCCCUAACGCUGACAGCCAUGAGCGACAGCACAGUGGCCAGCAGCCAGCAGCAGUGGUCGGGGCCUGGGCAGAUGCCACGGCCUUCCCGGGGCCCCUAUAUCCCAGUCAUCACCAACAGGACCACCAACCUGGUGAUCCGAGGAGCCCUGCUGUUCUCUGUAGGCGUCUUCCUGGCCUUGGUGCUGAACUUACUUCAAGUGCAAAGGAACGUCACCCUCUUUCCCCCAGAUGUCAUCAGCAGUAUCUUUUCCUCAGCCUGGUGGGUGCCGCCCUGCUGUGGCACAGCCUCAGCAAUGAUCGGGCUGUUGUACCCCUGCAUCGACAGCCUUCUGGGUGAGCCACACAAGUUCAAGCGCGAAUGGUCCAGUGUGAUGCGCUGCGUGGCUGUGUUUGUGGGCAUCAACCAUGCCAGUGCUAAAGUGGACUUUGCCAACAACGUCCAGCUGUCUCUGACUCUGGCGGCGCUCUCCGUUGGUCUGUGGUGGACGUUUGACCGCUCCCGCAGCGGCUUUGGCCUGGGAGUCAGCAUCGCCCUGUUGGCAACGCUGGCCACCCAACUCCUGGUUUAUAAUGGAGUCUUCCAGUAUACUUCUCCAGAUUUCCUAUAUAUCCGCUCCUGGUUACCUUGCAUCUUCUUCGCAGGAGUGAUAACUAUGGGAAACAUAGGACGGCAGCUAGCCUUGUAUGAAUACAAAUUCAUUCAGGAAAAGACCCAUCAGGACUGAGGGAUUUCAUCAGGCCUCUGCUCCACAUGACGUUAAAGCCAGAGUCAGGUUGGAGAACAUCUGCAGGCAGCAUGGGCAAGGACUUGCUGGCCCUGGAUAAGCCGCUUAGGCAGGAGUCCUGGCCUGGUGCUUUCUGCGGGACAACACAGUAUUGUUGAUUGGCUCUCGUCAGCCCAUUCAGAGCUCAGGGUGGCCACUGGCUUUAUUCUAACUUGAGCUGAAACGAGUAAUGAGAGCGGAGAUUGUUGUUUGUUUUUCUUUGGAGCAGUUUACUCUACUUCUACUUCUACUUCUACCUGGGAAGGGAUUAGCAGCAGAGCAUCUAUCGUUCUUCAGAUCAGCUCGAAUGUUGGAAACCUUUUGGCUUUGGGUGCCAAACAUAGUCACACUGGAUCCGUUUUAAAUAUUGCUCUUAUCUGCUGAGUCUUUUGCAUUCUUCACGUAUCAGUGGAGAACACACAGCCUAGUUAACUUAUAUCUAAAAAGAUAUGCAUCUUACCAGACUGUUUAUAUUGUUUAUAGCUUAUGUCUACAUUUGGGUUUUCUUGAUAAAGGAAUGAUGUGUACUGUACGCUUGUCUGCACUGGCAGUGAGGACACCCGUCGUGGAUUACUACCAGCCCCACCUGCCCUGCUUGUCACCAAUGUGUAUAGUAUUAUCAGAUCUGAAGAAUGAAAGGAUACAUGGAAGGACAUGAUAACAUCACCAGACCAAAGAGUUAGCCCGGAACCUCUCAGUUCAUUUUCAAUUUUCAAGGGCAGUUAUCAACAGCUGUAGAGCAGAAUGCCUCUGGAUGUAAUGGGAUAGACCUACCGAACAACCAGAGCAACAAAACAGGCGCUAAGCAAUGGACAAAUGUAGGCCGAUUACAGCAUGCAGAGGUGACAACGUAGCCUCCAAAUGUCUGUGAAAUGUCUUUUUGCCUUUAGAAUUUGAAAA